ACUGGUUCCAAACCCAAGCCGCAGCGAGUAUUCAUCACAGCCCUGACCUCCCACUGGAUGGAGGACGAUUUCGAUGUCACCAUCGCCAAGCGGCUCACGGCCUGGUAUGGGGCUGCUGCCGUCCCACAUGACCUGAAGGUGCGUUGGACCUCCCUCAUAAGCUUAUCGGUGACGGUGGCUCCUUCGUGGCGGUGGAUCACUCUGCGGACUCUUGCGGGUGGCUGGCACACGAGCUCUCGGAUGCACGUCACACCUGAGGUGGAUCAGUGCCGUCUCGGAUGCCACCAGCAGCCAGACGCGAUCGCCCACUACCUGGUAUGCGAUCAGCUCCAACAUCUAGUGCGUCUGCCGCGUACCUUCUCGCAGGCCACUGUCCUGGAGCGCCUGGGGUUGGGGUGCCACUAUCCCGAGCACGGGGAACACUCGCUGUCGAUGACUAUCCAGCGCCUCGUCCUCUCGUACCACACGCACCUCGAGCACCAUCUGGGCGCGCGCCUGGCCGCCCUCGACCGGCUCAACAUCACGAAGUAG